AUGGACCGAAAAGGUGGACAUUUUGAAAUCGUAAUUUACAAGAAACCAACCAAUGAACCACAUAUUCCCCAAAUCACGGUUUAUAUUUCAAGAUGGCUGCAAGUAAUGGAUGGUCACAAUGCCGAGAAGAAGAAGCAAAAAGAAAUAAAGUACAUCCUCGAUGCAGCAAAGAAAAUGGAUACACAACAUAACACUCACUGUGGCCUCGAAGAUGCUCCAAAUCUAAUAAAUUAUGUGAAUGGUUUCAAAUCGGUAUCAACUUUUGCCACUAUCUUUGAUUGUAUAAAUACCGGAUGGAUUUUUCAGAAAAGCAUUAGUCAGGGUUUAUUUAUCCAGAAGACAACACCAAACAGCAUCAUGAAAUUCUUAGUUUUGGCUCUUGCUCUCAUCGGCGCCGCUUCAGCCGGAUACGUUGCUCCAGUCGCCCAUGGAUACGGAUGGGGAAAUGGACUCGGUUAUGCCGGUGGUUUGGGAUGGGGACAUGGAGUCGGUUAUGCCGGUGGAUUGGGAUGGGGACAUGCUGCCUACUCUGCUCCAGUUGUUAGCCAUGCCGUCGCUGCCCCAGUUGUAAGCCACGCCGUUGCUGCCCCAGCUGUUGCUGCUUAUGCUGCCCCAGCUAUUGCUGCUCAUGCUGUUGCUGCUCCAGUUGUCAGCCACGCUGUCGCUGCCCCAGCUAUCGCCGCUCAUGCUUAUGCUGCCCCAGCUAUCGCUGGACACGCUGUCGCUGCUCCAGUUGUAUCCCAUGGAUACGGGUGGGGAAGCCACGCUUAUGCCGCUCCAGCUUGGGGAUAUGGUGGUCUCUGGAAGAAGAAGGCCGCUCACUAAAUUAUUUUUUAUUGAAAGUACAAAUACAAAUCGAACCGAUAAAGCA